CGUUUCUAUUUUGUGCCGGCGCCGAUGAACCCCAAUUUUCUCCGGAAAAGUGGAAUUAGAUAAAUUGGUCGACAAGAGAUAACCUUUAUCCUCGCCGUGCUGCUGUCUCCUUGUCUUCGAAGGGCUCGGUUAAAUCAAGAAAUAAUCUUUUAUCCUAGCCUUGAAGGUUAGGGUUUGAUCGGGUUCGUGCUACCUCUGUCCCCAUUCUUUACCGUCAACGAACGGAUUGACGCCAUCCUAGCCUCAUUCAGCGGCUCCUGUUCCCCAGGAAUCAUGUCAGUAACAGCAGGGGUUAGGGACACAGUAAUUGCAAUUAGGGAUAAACUUAGAGGUAAAAUUGGGCAAACCAAAGUUAAAAGGUACUGGCCUGGAAAAGCGCCUGAGUGGGCUGAUGAUAAUGAUGAGGAUGGAGACAUUAGGAUGUCAAGGGCAGAUGCCCUUGAAAAAGCUUUCCCUAAGCAUGAAGACUCAUUGGAUGCUGUUAGAAAAGAUGACCCUAGGUUGCGGCGUUUGGCUGAGAGUAGGAUUGAUAAUCGUGAGGAGAUUAGGGCUGAUCAUAGACGUAUCCGUCAAGCUGAGAUUGUUUCGACGAUUGAGGAGGAGGAGAAUAGGAGACAAGAUUGGAUGGACGUAGAAGAAGAAGAUGAAGAUGCAUUAGAGGAGAGGAGGAGGAGAAUUAGGGAAAAGUUACUGCUGAGGCAGCAAGAAGAAGCUGCACUCCUUCCAGAGGAAGAGGAGGAGGAAGCAGAGGAGGAAGAAGAGGAGGAGGAGUCUGAGUACGAGACAGACUCUGAAGAAGAACAACCAGGUAUUGCAAUGGUGAAGCCAGUGUUUGUUCCUAAGUCGGAAAGAGAUACUAUUGCUGAGCGUGAGAGGCUUGAGGAGGAAGAGAGGGCCCUUGAGGAGUUGGUAAAGAGGAGGAGGGAAGAGAGGAAAGUUGAAACAAAGCAAAUUGUAGUUGAGAAGAUUCGGGAGGACGAAGAGAUUCAGAAGAACAUGGAAUUGGAGGCUAAUGUUGCUGAUGUGGAUACGGAUGAUGAAAUGAAUGAGGCAGAGGAAUACGAGGCCUGGAAGGCUAGAGAGAUUGCGAGGAUCAAGAGAGAUAGAGAUGACAGGGAGGCAGUAUUGAAGGAGAGGGAGGAGAUUGAGAAGGUGAGAAACAUGACAGAAGAGGAGAGGAGGGAGUGGGAGAGGAAAAAUCCAAAACCUGCUAAACCAGGAAAGCCUAAAUGGAGAUUCAUGCAGAAAUACUACCACAAGGGUGCUUUCUUCCAGUCAAAUGCUGAUGAUCGUGCUGGAACUGCUGGCUCGGACGGUAUCUUCACUCGUGAUUUCUCUGCUCCAACUGGAGAGGAUAAGAUGGAUAAGACUAUCCUACCUAAAGUUAUGCAAGUCAAGCACUUUGGUCGGAGUGGAAGGACUAAAUGGACACAUCUUGUCAAUGAGGAUACAACUGAUUGGAACAAUCCGUGGACUUUCAAUGAUGCCAUGCGGAUCAAGUACGAUGCAAAGAUGGCUGGAAUGAAUGCACCUAUAGCAAAACCUAAAGGAAGUAAGAAGCUAAAGGAUUGGGAGUCUAAGUGAUGCUGCAUGUCAAACUUGUUGUGCAGACAUAUCAGGACGCAUCUCUGUAGGUUAUCUGAUUAUUACGUGAAGGUUUCAACCAGUAUAUUGAUGGCUCUGCUAUUGUAGCCAAAAGUAGUGCUUCUCAGUGUGGUGCCUUUUCCUGUAAUGAGUUGUCUUUUUAGACUACUCUCGCCCCAUCACAAAUCACCCAGUCCCAAAAUGAACUCUUGUUAUACUCAUGGUCCUUCUAGUUGCCUGUAUUUCACAAUGAUAUUCUCUUACCCUCUCUAGGCGCCCAAAUGGCAUGGAUUGGAAUCAUGCAUUUUGUACACCUGUCUUUAAUCUAGGCGCCCAAAGAGGAUUUACUGACUCUUGACUGCAUCCGGCUGAUGGCAUUCAAUCCUUCGGAAAGUUGCAGUUUAGCGUUUUCGUCUUUGGUCACCCUUUUGUGAAUUGGGAAACAUUUGUAUUGUGCUUCGUCUGAGUUUGAGAACCUUGCGCUCUCAUUAAACGGCUUUGCUGAUGGAUGCUUGUAGUUGAUGGGUGUGCCUCCCAGAGACGGCAAAACUGAGAUUGCUCUCAUUUAUGAUGUAACGCUUCUCUUCUGUUUUAUUCGUUAUAGAUACAGCUUUGAUUCGAACUUCUCAAUCCAGAGAAGAUCAACCUGGGAUCAACUUUUACACCUUUAUGUGUUGAUUCCAGGCCACAACAAUCUAAAACCGCAUUAUGUUCAAGGAUCUUCAUGGUCUUGUUUG